UUUUAUGAAUGAGACAGAUAGAAAAGCAUGAAAGGAAGAGUUCAUGAGAGAAGAAUCUUAGUAUAGCAAGUGAUCUGACAAAGCCCACCACCCCUAUUCUACCGCCCCGCCACCACCCAACCUACUGGCGGGCCGCUCUUCAGCCGCCUCUGCACCCUGUAAAACACCAAUCCCUUCUGUUACUUCAUCAUAUAUAUCAUCUCUCUUUUGACCUUAACUAGCUAUACGUCUCUUUCUUGCUUAAUCUUUGUUUUUCGUUUCUUGCUUAAUCUAUCUUUCGAUGUUCAUCCUCUACUACGUUUCAUGUUAACAGGUGAUGUGGUGUUCUAGGAAAUGAGUGAUAAGUAGGAUUUUGGGGAAUUUUUGGACUUAAUUCGACAAAAGAAUCCCAUUUUAUUUUGUCUAAUUUAAUUCUUCAGGUUUAUGAUACCUUCCCUUGAUAAAACUUGACCUUAAGUUCAGCGUUAUCUAAAGGGACGGACACCGUACAAAAGUACAGUUUUUAUUGUCUCUAUUUUUCUCUAGGCUUGGGGGGGGAGGCUCUUAAAGAAGACCUUGACCUUAUGGAUACGGAAGAAACAAGAAUAUAGCAGGUGACCUUCAACCCUCCUCUCUCUCCAGUCCAGUUUAUUUCACGGGUUGACCUCUUAUUAGGGAAGUGAAUCUAUGUGGAUUGUUGGUGGAUUUGACUAAAGAUUAUGCGGCAGAUUGAGGGGCUUUUAAUUCUUGUUUUGGUUUUUCUUCUGCUAUGGAAAGUAUUCAAUUCAGCUUCAUUAUGAGGCAGCCGGAGUUAUGAUUUUAAACCCCGAGUUGGAUAAACAUCCUCAGUUUCACACCAGUAUUUAUUUCCACCAAGCUGAAUUCUCGUAAUCUCACCAGCACAUUUGUUCAGACUCCAUAUUUGAGGUAUAUCACAUUAAGUUUCCAGUCGAAACAUUUAUUAUUUCGUUGUGCAUGCCGUCAAGGCUGCUACACCGGAAUCUUUUGAGGGCAAGAGGAUUUCCAUCAUAAAUACUCGCCUGCACUUUGCUAUAUUCGCACCGAAAAGUUUCACAGCAAACAAGUUUGUUAGGAAAAAAACAAGUUAGAGGUAUAAAUUCCAACAUCUCAAUCAAGAAUGGAGCAAGAAGGACAGCAACAAAGGCAAUCCAAAGAGGUGGAAAAUCCUGCUCCACAUCAGCCACCACCACCCAGGAAAUGUCCUAGGUGUGAGUCGCUCAAUACCAAGUUUUGCUACUACAACAACUACAAUCUGUCUCAGCCUAGGUAUUUCUGCAAGAAUUGCAGGAGAUACUGGACUCAUGGUGGAACCCUAAGGAACGUUCCAGUCGGCGGUAGCUCUCGAAAGGCCAAACGGGGCAGAGUUUCGCCUAUUUCAUGUGGUGGAGAGAGCUCAAGAUCUCGACCUUUCCCACCGACAAGACCACAACAACCACCACCACAGCAGCAGCCAGAGGGUAUUUUCCCAAACAUAGCCAACAUGGCUGCCUUGGUUUCAGGGAUUGUUAACUUACCCCCGAGCACCCAGCAGUCCUCGAGAACCAUUUCUUGGGUUCAUCCACUAAUACCAAGUUCAAUUUAUCCAAAUGGGCUGUUUGCUGGAUUUGAUGGCAUGCAAAUGCCACCCUUGAGCGGCCAAGGUCAAGGAAUGAGUCGACCACUCCAUAUUGGCGGUGGGAUUGAUGCUACUACUGGAGCGGGUGCUAAUACCCCAAUCUUUCAUGGAUUUGAUUUCUCAUCCAUGAAACCCCAGCAGGCUCCAUCUCAACCGCUGCAAAUUCGCGAUCAGCCCAGUCAAUCCAUUGGAAUAGGUAAUCAAUACAAGGACAAGCAACCUUUGUUCACACCUGAUGGAAACAUGGCCUUGACUGCAGGAAAUCUGAAUUCUUGGACCACUGCCGGGAAUUCCAGCAAUGCUAGUACCUCCAACUUCAACAUCUGGACCAACACCAAUGGAGCAAGCACCUCUAGUGGCCCGACUGAUUCUUCUUUCAACCCGAAUGACUGGCCUAAUAUUCCAGACUAUGAUGAUGGUGAAUAAUUUUCUGAUUGCUGAGAAAUCAGUUGCAGAAGAUCAUGUGCUUUUGAUUAGAAACUUCGUUGAAUCACUGUGUUGCCUUAUAGAUCUGAAAUACAUAAGAGUGGAAAGAAAAUGGGGAUUUAAAGGUUUAGGAAUCUAUGUAAAUGGAAUAAUAGCAGCCUAUAGCCAGCAGAUUAUGGCUAGAUGAUGUUUAAUGUUUACCUUCUUAUAGAAAAUGUUUGGCAUUCGGUUUAGGUUUGUGCUUUAAACUUUUUGAGUUUUUGAUCAAAAGUUAAAUUUAAUUUGCGUGUUAA